CCACCUCAACCACAUCGCUGCACUACUCACCGAUUCGCCCCGCCAAACGCACCCUAAAGAGCGACACCAUCAACACAUAUCAAAAAUGGGAGACUACCAUUGAGUCCAUCAGCUAUGUUUCAAGUAAAACUUUGGCCAUCUCAGAUUAUGGCUCGGAUGCGGAAAGAACCAGAUCUGAUUCGAUUUCCAACCAUUCUCAUUCCACAAGAUCGCGUUCCAUAACUCCAGUGCCGGUACCAGUGCCAGCGGCCAGAAGCGCCACCAAGGCCGCGACACCAACCAGCAGCAAUAGCGCUUCGAUGGAUAGCAGCAGCAACAGCAGUAGCGGCAUUGAUAGCGGCUCGGCGUGUUAUGGUGCAACUUACAAGGCAACCACCACUACUACAAGCAGUUCCAAUAAUAACUUCAAUGGCAGCAGGAUUUGUGAUUCUAAAUCACCGAAGCUGAUUCAGUUAUCGAAUGGCUCGCCAUUGUCGGUUAAACAGACAGAUUCAGAUUCAGAUUCCGAUCAAAUCUCAGGGCCACAAAAAUGUCAGGGUUAG